AUGCCAAAAAGGAAAACAUACUUGAUAGCAUCAUUACUUGACGAAUGUGACACAAAUGAUAUGAAAACAAUUAAUUGUAAUACUGUCAAACCUGUGGAAAUAAUUAAUAAAGAAUGUGAAACAUUACGGAAAUUGGACCGAGAUAUGCCAGAAUGCUCAGAAGAGCGAGAGCGACAGCAAAAUUUGAUGUCAAAGGUAAGUGGAAUACCUUGGAAAAGAGCGCUACCGAUGCCAAUAAUUCGAAAUCAAUUACAAAAUUUCUCACAAAAUGAAUCAUCGCAAUGUUUUUUGUAUAGAAUGCCAGCACCAACACAGUUACAGACUUUAUCACCAUACAGUAUAUCAUGCUUAUCACAAUUAAUGAUUACUCGUUAUCAACUUAUGCAAAUGCAACAAGCUGCAGUACAGCAAUUAUCAUCAUCAUCAUCACCAUCAUCAUCAACAUCAGCAUCAUCACCAUUAUCAUCAUUUACUUCAUCAGUAGCAAUCAACCAGCAAAUUUCAUCAAAUCAAACAAGUAUAUGUCAUCAGCAACAACGUUUUCGAAUAAUGGCUAAUCAAAAUCAAUCAACUGUUAAAAAAUAUCGAUGUGAUAUUUGUGAUAAAACAUUUAGCCGAAGUAAUACAUUGGUGACACAUAAGAGGAUUCAUACUGGUGAGAAACCAUUCAAUUGUGAUCAUUGUGGUCGGGCAUUUCGACAGCCGGGCAAUUUAACCCGUCAUCGUCUUACCCAUACAACGGUAAAACCUUAUAUUUGUUCGAUAUGUGAGAAAGCAUUCAAUCGAGCAUCAAAUCUUCACACUCAUAUGCGUACACAUUCUCAAAUAUUUCGUACUAAAAUAACAUCAAUGCAAUCAUUUCGAUGA